AAAGUCUUCAUUCACUGAGAGAGUGUUUAUUAUCUUCGGUUUGUCAAGCCGUCGUCGCUCUUUCACACAUUCAAAGCAUUUAUCGGUGGGCAGCUUUUUAUUGUUAUCAGUGCCUAUCCUAGCCUAGCCCGCAAUCUCCCGCCCGUGCUUGACCAAAGCUAGCGCAGAUCACAAAGCCAACACCAUCACAGCUCACAACUUCUCUACUCAUACUCAGCAUCUGUUUCAUGAACACUAAUUGUGUGCCUAGUCCAACGUUACCUGUAGUACCUACCAUCGUAUUCACUUCGCCCCUGAUCGGCAUUUAUCCUGCUUUACAACAUGAUUUACAAGACACUGUACUCGGUGCAUGAUUCCUUAAUCUAGCCUUCGGCCCAUUUCCCAUACCAAAGGACCAUUAUCCUACCAACUAGAUCCGACGAGUCGCAGAAAAACAUUUCUCCGGGUCUCUUUGAUCAACUUCUCCGAAUGCAACCAUGGCAUCUCGUCAUCCCUACGCAUCUAGCGUAUCGCAAGUCCUCCGGGAAUUAGAGGAGUUCCAGACCAUGGACUAUGAGAGCGCCUAUUAUGGCUUUGAUGGAGACCUCCUGCUGGCUGACUUGGAUCAGGCCGGUCGCUGGGGAACGUCCGCGAACAAUAAUGAGCCAAAUCACGACCCAUCCUCCGCAGAUCAAAGGCCUACGAAGAAACAAAGGACAGAUCGAUCGAUGCAUGAGGGGGCUAUCCCAGCAGUGCACACUCCGCACCGCAACACUGACCUAGACUCAAAUGCCGUGCAACAACAACAACAAAGAGCUUCAAAGGGUCUUCCUGUGCUCAUUGAUCUUACAGAAGAUGAUCACCCGCUAACCGAGAUCUUGGAGAUCUUCCCAGACAUUGAUCCCGAUUAUUUAAAGGGCUUGAUCGAUCGCCAUCUUGCGCUGGUGUCUCAAGCAAAGACAGAGAUUCUGCUCACUGCCACUGAUAAAGACUUAGCAAAAGGCGCUGUCAUCGAAGAAAUCCUUCAGAACCCUUCUUACCCCAAGAAGCAGAAGAGACUUAAGAGAACACUUGACGAGCGUGACUCAGUCUCCAAGAAGGAAGACGAUACCCAGAAGUGGCUAAAAGCUAUCCCUCAAAGAGGAAGUCCUCUGUACCUUGAGAUCACUGCUCGGUUGUUGGCGAUUGAAUUCCCUACUGUGCCCUGGCCAUAUAUCCAGAACCUUACCCUGCACAAAAGAGAGUUAUACGCUGCAUAUCUCAGUCUGUAUGCCCUGGAAGACCCUUCGGCCAAGUCAUCCAAGCCUUACACGAACGAACGGAAACGCAAUCCUCGCUCACAGACAAGCCUAUACAUGUCGUACCCGGAAACUCUACCGAUCAUGAAAGACAUUCAACGCGAACUCCAGGCGGCUGCAGAAGCUGCAAAGCAGAAUAAGGAGAUGAAUGCAGCGGUCCCCCGUAACAACUUCGAAGAUGUCGACGACAAGGAAGCCGAAGAGCGCAACAUUCAAACAGGAAACCUAGUGGAAUGCCAGUGCUGUUUCGAAGAGGUCCCCGCGAACAAAGCCUUGCCGUGUGAAGGACUUGAAGUUCAUUUCUUCUGCUAUACUUGCAUGAAGUCUUCGGCAGAGACACAGAUUGGGAUGAUGAGGUACAAGCUACAAUGUUUUGACGGAAGUGGAUGUCAGGCAAAGUUUGAUCGGUACGGGCUUGAGCGUGCCUUGGGAGCGAAGAUCAUGCAAAAGCUCGAUGCUCUGCAGCAGCAGGACGAGAUUGAGCAAGCUGGGCUGGAAGGCCUUGAGUCCUGUCCCUUCUGCGACUUCCAGGCGAUAUGUGCUCCCGCCGAUGAGGAUCGAGAGUUUCGAUGCAGGAACCCUGACUGCGAAGUGGUUAGCUGUCGUUUGUGUAAGGAGAAAAGUCAUCUCCCGAGCAGCUGCGACGAGGCUAGGAAAGACAAGCGACUCCCGUACCGCCAUCGCGUGGAGGAGGCUCUGAGUGAGGCACUCAUUCGGCCUUGUCCAACCUGCAAGGUCAAGAUUGUCAAGACUGAUGGCUGCAACAAGAUGACCUGCUCGAAAUGCGGGACUCAGAUGUGCUAUGUCUGCAACGUCAAACUCGGUGCCACCUACGAACACUUCAACCGACCGCCAAACCAUUGCCGCUUGUGGGAUCAGAAUGAAAGAUUCCCACUUGGAAGACAGGUUGAACAAGAAAUUGAGCAAGUCGAAGCAGAUGCUAUCGCCAAGAUCCUGGCAGAGAACCCUGAUGUCACCGAGGAAGAGAUCCGAGUGAAUCGUCCGGGACAGAAGCAGAAGGCUAGACCGCCCCGGCCAGGUCGACCACAAAAUCGGCAUGCAAGACCUCCUCAGCCAGAUCGCGCGCGUCAGCCUGUUCAACCUCAAGUUCGCCUCAAUAUUCAGGUCCCUCGGAUUCCACAGCCAAACCAGCCGCGUCAACCUAUGCAAGCGCCGCAGCACAUACAAGCGCCUCGGGUCAUACGGCAAGCUGAUCCUGCUAACGUCCCCUUCAGAGAACCUUACAACAACCACGUGCAAGCUCAGACAAAUCGAGAGCCACCCGACAGAAAUUACUAUGCCAACAGAAUACAAGAUAUUUACGCCGGUGGACUUCCUUGGAAUGCUCCUGGCAACAAUUACCCUCUUCCCAAUCCACAAAUAAAUCAGAUAAACCCUGGCGAAGCUGGCUUUCUACCGCAGGGCCACCCUCCCAACAACCCAGUGGUAAUGCCAAUUGAUCCUCCUCCUUACUACUCUUGGAACCAAGGCCAGGCUGUACCCAUGGCACCACGCUUUCCUCGGCAGAACGUCGUAAACAACCCUGCGCCUAAUCCGGUCGGGCCGGGACAAACCAUCCAAUAUCCACCCUACUACGUACCACCUGUCGUUUCUCAGAACGCUCGACGAGCAUCCGGCGGACUGGGAGGAUAUGCUCGCGACUAAUUCCAGUGCUGGAAGCUUUUCGCAGACAUUGAUCCUACCACUGUGAUUGUCCGUUGAAAUGCUACUUGCUGACCAUGUGGCGUUGACCAUGACAGCCUCCUAGCAUUCACGCAUUUUGGUCUUUUUGAAUAAAUUUAGGGCCUCUAUCCCCUGCCUUGAUUGGGUUGGUCUUGGAGAGAACAAGAGUCAAGAAUAUCAUCCCAUUUCGCUGACUCCAGCUGCCUUCUUUGCUUUUGCAUUUUUCUAUUAACCAUCCACGGUCGAGCAAGCGUUAAGGAGUUCAGGCGUCCCAUCUUCAUCAUCAUCAUUGUCAUCAUCGUCAUCGUCAUCGGUUGUCUCACGCAUCACCACCAAUCGGUUCUUUCUUGGCUUGGCAUAGCCUGGCAUAGCUUGACUUCUUGCGCAACAACUUUGCUUGUGCGAUCCCUCUGAGUUCUAAAUUCCCAUGGCAAGGAGACAGACAUGUAGGCAGACAGACAGGCAGAUAGAUGAA